AUGAGUUCUAAGACUGUGCCUGAAAACUCAUCAUGUAAAUCAUCAACAUCAAUAGAUUCUAAUUUAGAGAGUAACAAAAGUCCAAGCUCUUCAAUCAAUUCAAAAGUUCCGCCAAUAGAAAAUAAUGACACUCGCAUAGCAAUGAAAAGUGAAAAGGAACAAGUCAGUAUUUUCCAAUUAGCAAAUGAUAUUGAAAAAGCAUUAACAGAGUUACAAACAGAGUUAUCAAGAAAUGAAAAAGACUUUCUUGAUACAAUCAGUAAAAUUGAGAAGCAGCUGUCAGAACAGAUUACGAAAUGA